AUGCGUUUCAUUGAUCAAAUUGUCCUAGGCAUUGCCUCCAUCUAUCCCUUUACCCAAUAUAACACUUGGUCUCCUGCAACGGUAUUCAAUCCUGACUCCAACAUCACCUACUACGGCAUCCGCACAAACACCCAUGUCGAAGAAUUCCUUAACAUUCCCUACGCCCACGACACAAGCGGAAUUCAUCGUUUUUCGCCCCCAAGAGCCUAUACACCCACCACGAACAGCAUCAUCAACGCCACGUUCCCGGGAACCGCAUGUCCUCAGCCGCGUAUUCCCCUCCCCGCGGACCCGUACACAAUCCUCGAGAAUGUUUCAGAAGAUUGUUUGACUCUCCGCAUCGCACGGCCAGCCGGCACAGGCGCGACCACAAAUUUGAACAAGCUACCAGUAAUGGUAUUUGUCUAUGGCGGCGGCAGCACAGUGGGUACUAUCUACGAUGCCUCCUACAACCCGGUCGGACUUGUUAGACGAGCCGCUGAGCUUGGAACGCCGGUGUUGUACGUAGCAAUGAAUUACCGCGUAAACCUGUUCGGCUUCGCGGAUUUCCCUGCUUUACGGGCAUCCAACUCGACCAACGUCGGUCUGCGAGAUCAGCGCCUCACACUUGACUGGGUUAGGAGGAACAUUGCGUUGUUUGGCGGGGAUCCUGACAAUGUCACACUGUUCGGUGAGGAUGUCGGUGCGGUAUUUGCAAACCUGCAUAUGCUGGCAUCUUCGGAUGAUGAUAGUCUGCCGGUCGAUCGGGUCAUUGCCCAGAGCGGUGCAGUUACCUCUCUUGCUGGUGUAGCUGGAGAUACUAGUGCGAGUAAUUCUCUGGCUGUGGCAAGGGAGGUCGGCUGCCUUGAUUCUUCUGGGACAGUCUCAGAAGAGGAGAAAGAAACGAAUACUACUGCCAUAAUACAGUGUCUGCGGGAUCAACCAUUGGAUCUCCUGGUGAACAACACAUUCAAAGUGGCAUACAAAGUGAGUCCGGGAGACGGAUUCGGGGCUUUCAUACCCACUGUUGAUGGAACGAUCCUGCCUUCUGCCCCUUCGACGUUAAUGUCAGCUGGUCACUUUCCGAAGAAGAGCAUUCCACUGAUCAUCGGCUGGAAUCGCGACGAAGCCUCCCUUCACGUCCCAACCAGCAUAAGUACACUCUCAGAUAUCUCGAACCUCCUAUCUGGCAUGUAUCCCUCUCUCAAUGCGUCGAGUAUUGCGGACUUGCUCGUCCUUUACCCGGAGUCUGACUAUCAAGUCCAAGAUAAAGAGAGGGAAGCACAAAUGACCCCGGCCUGGCACACCGCAGCGGCCAUCGUUCGCGACAUCACGGUGGCCUGUCCAUCACUUUACCAAGCCUUGUUGCUAUUCGAGCAUGCCUGCUCCUCAGCACAAAAAGCAGAAAUCUAUUUGUACGAACUGCAGCAGACACCGUUCGCGACAGCUCUCGCGCAACAGGGAAAAUCGUAUCUUGGCGUCGUCCACUUCUCAGACAUGCCAUAUGUGUUCAACGACCUAGACAGUACAUACUAUAUCUUCAACCCGGAUGAAUUGGCGCUCGCAGCUCGGGUGAGUGGGAGCUGGGCUGAAUUCGCAUCGGGACGGAGACCGGGGAGUAGGGAGACUUUGGGGCAGUGGGAUGUUGCCUUUCCCACAUCAGCUGAUAGGCCACCUAGUCUAGAAACAGCGAGAUACCUAGCAAUUGGAGGGAAAGAUGGCGGGAUGCGGCACGUCGGAAAGAAACUGGCCCGGAGGUGUGAAAUGAUCAACGCAUUGGCAGGAGAGUUGAAGACUUGA